AUGUCGUCCUCCACCCGCGUGGCGCUGGUCACCGGAGCCAACAGGGGCAUCGGCUUCGCCAUCGUGCGUGACCUGUGCCGGCAGUUCAAGGGGGACGUGGUGCUCACCGCUCGGGACGUGAAGCGGGGUCGGAAGGCCGUGCAGCAGCUGCAGGCCGAGGACCUGAGCCCCCGCUUCCACCCGCUGGACAUCACCGACCGGCAGAGCAUCCGGGCCCUGCGCGACUUCCUGCUCAAGGAGUACGGGGGCCUCGACGUGCUGGUCAACAACGCGGGCAUCUGCCAGCCUGAUGAUCCCACACCACUUCACAUUCAGGCAGAAGUGACCUUGAAAACAAACUUCUUUGGUACCCGAGAUGUGUGCACGGAGCUCCUGCCACUCAUAAAACCCCAAGGCAGAGUGGUGAAUGUGUCUAGCGGAUGGGGCUUCAAAGCUCUUGAAAACUGCAGCCCCGAACUGCAGCAGAAGUUUCGAAGUGAGACCAUCACAGAGGAGGAGCUGGUGGGGCUCAUGAACAAGUUUGUGGAAGACACAAAGGACGGGGUGCACAGGAAGGAGGGCUGGCCUGAUCCAUAUACCAGCGGUGGCCUGGUAUAUGGGGUCUCAAAACUCAGCGUCACAGUCCUGUCCAGAAUCCAAGCCAGGAAACUGAGUGAGCAGAGAGGAGAGGACAGGAUCCUCCUGAAUGCCUGCUGCCCAGGGUGGGUGAGAACUGACAUGGGGAGACCCAGAGGCUUAAAAAGCCCAGAAGAAGGAGCAGAGACCCCCGUGUACUUGGCCCUUUUGCCCUCAGAUGCCGAGGGGCCUCAUGGAGAGUAUGUGUUUGAGAAAAAAGUUGAACAAUGGAAAUUCAGCUCACAGUUCUACCCACUGUCCCGGCUUAGCUAUCCUGAUUAGGUCAAAAAGUCUACACUAUCAAAAAUAUCUCCUCAAGAAAAAAAUCAAAGAUUCCUACUAGUAUCCAAAUAUCAGUGUGAAAUGGCUACUCAUUCUGUGAAGCCUUUCGGGUUUCU